AUGCCAUUCACACAUCACCACCGAAAGUGGCGGAAAGCCCGCGACCGGGGCCGGGCCAGGCGGGCUUCACUCAUUCAACAGACUCGCAAGACUCGCCGAGAUUCUUACCAUCGCUCAGCAAGACAUCGGCAUCAGGAGCCCUCCAAUUCUGGUUGGUCCUCUGACUCGAGAGCGAAUAGCGAUGAAAGCUUCAACUGUGCUGGAGAUGAGUCCUUGGAUUCCUUCCAACUGAAGCCAGCCCCUAAACGAGACCCUCAACGGCGUGAGAAAGACCAACAGCAGCUCAAUAACAAGAGUGGACUAAUAACUACCCCUGCAGCAGGGGAACUAGAGGGGGCAGCCGAAGGAGGAGGACGAACUCAGACCGAUAGUUCCGCGAGCACGAUGGAAAAGAUCAGGUUCAUGGAGGUAGUGGCCGAGGUAGACAAAGCAGUUGGCAUAGCAUCAUCAUCAUCAUCAUCAUCAUCCUCUUCGUCAGACUUAGAUCAGCGCACCUUUCGCCAGCCAGGGUCUCCUGCCAAAGAUGGCCAGGCUGGAAUCGACUCUGGCUCUGCUGCUAUAGCCUUCUUCUCGCCGAUCGCUCAUAAUAAUAAUAAUAACAAUAAUCAAGAUCCCUCUGAUCUCAAGGGCGACGGAGUGAUCAAUCCAACCUGGCUCGAAAACCCACUGGCACCGGCGGGAAGAGGGAAGUUGCAUUUUAAUGUAGACAUCUUUAAGUCUCCGGGAGAGUAUCCUAGCUUCGAACCGCCGGAGCCUCCAAAAGCGACUCCCAAUCCUUCAGACCUGCCACUAGAGGAGUUACAUGCCGAAAGGUGGGAGUGUCUCCAACAACUCGAGCGACGGGCAACCGAGGCUUCUUUAGAAGGUCUUCGCAAGGCAAGUUUGAAGGGAGAUACUGCCGAGAGGAACCAAUCGAUAUCUUCAGGGAGUCACGAUACUACCCACUCCACCAUUCCCUUGCGCAAAUUUUCUUCCUCUCGUCAGGCUGCCAGCAGAAGCAAUAGGAGCAAGAAUUCGUCCUCCAACAGUCGCCGCUGGGGCUCAAAUGAGAGCAACAAGAUCGAACCUAUAGGUUCAAGUACCAAGCUCAAUCCAGCCAUCACGUUGAGUUAUCAUCCCACUGAAAUGGAUGAUACUUUGAGGAGAGAGAAGUUGCUUCUCCGCUCCCCCUCGGUAUCAGUUUUCCCAAUUGCCCAAGGAGUGAACUCAGCCAGCCAAUUGAGAGCGGCCUCGGAAUCGGAUCACCGACCACUGGGCCCACGGCCAAUGUCCAAAACUUCGAACCUGAGCAGGCUGUCAGAGGCGUCCGUCCAGACGGACGAGAACGAUGUGCUGAUGCCCCUGGCCACCCGUACCACUCCCUAUGUCUCGCCGCCCAACCCCGACGACGAGGAAGAGGUGAUCGCAAUCCCAUCCUCGGCCGUCAAGCAAAUGGUUCGGACUUCCAAUUAUUUGAUCAACCGCAAGAACAGCUCCAAUUACUACUUCAAUCCUCUCAUCCAUAACCUCCAAAAUUUGAACUAUCAAGACGAUUUGAAUGACUCAAACGACGAUUUCACCCAACCAUCUUUGAUUGAAAUCUCGUUGAACAAGGUCAAUGGUGAGAUAGAAGAUCCCGCACCAGAGCAAGUGCCACCGAAGGAACCGUCGGACAAGCCCGGGGAGACAGAGACUGGGACGAUCGACAUUCCAGGAGGGCCGCCGGACCUCGAGGGCCGGGGUUCAAUGUAUGCGGGCAGUGUGGAUUCAUCGCGCGGAAGCUUGGGGGUGAGCCGGUUCCGGCGAUUGUCGAUUGGGGACGGCCGAGCGGCGCCCCGAGACAAGCGCUACACGUAUAUGAAGACCCAUCCGCCCCUCCCACCCCACGGCCCCUCAACUGCGCUCCCCCAGCUCGGGCCGGCUCCCAAAGAUCCCGCUCCGCAUCCUCCUAAACUCAAAAUUGACACUUCACGCGCCCGCUCGGCUAGCCUAGGUGAGGCCCAUUCCGGUUAUCACCGUAAACUUCCAAAGACCCCGGGGGUAAUCAAGAGGGAUCAUGUUUUCACCUCUCCAUCCUCGAUCCGGGCAGUAGAAAAUCAGAAGAAGGAAGAACUAUCGAUGACGAACGAUCCAAACGCGUGGUAUUCUCCGACGCCGAAAGCCUGGAAAGACUUCAAGAACCACGACUGGCCGCAGCCUCCGAGCCACAAAGACCGAGAGACUGCACGGUCAGAACGGAACGUGUGUUGUCCGUGUCCGAUGAUGGCGGGAUCCGUGGGCAGACGGGAGGGGCAGGAGAAGCUCUACCGGUUCGCCGGCGUCAAGUCCCAGUCUGAGCCCUCGCUCGGCUUCCUCUCUUCCCCCGCCUAUCCCCACCAUCCCUGUUACAACGGCUUCCAACGCCAGCCCAGGAAGCUCCGUAAACGCAGCAAUCCCGCAUUCGAGUUCAACCCGUCCGAGCCGGUGCCCCCCUUGCCCCCACUCCCCUUCCUUUCCAACCCCGCGUGUACCCCCCACACUCACCCCACACAAACACAAACUCAUCCUAUCCAUAACAAUCCUCCUCCUCCUUCUCAACAACAACAACAUACUCAGCCAUUGAAAAACAAGAACUUCUUAGCUAGCAUUAAGCUCUUUUGGAAAUCUUUACUAACCCCCAGUCCUAAUCCUCACCAUCCUCCUCCUCAUCAGUCAACCACACCGUCUACUAGUUUCGAGAAGCAGAAACACAAGCUGAAAGAACAUAAAGAAAACAAAGAACAGAUCUGGCAAGGAUAA